AAUAUGCAUUCAUGGCUUGUGGUAGUUUUAAUUUUAGCGUCUGGUGCUACUUUAACGACGUCCAGGUGAAUCUAGUUCAGUAGCCUGACAGAAAACGUAAACAUCAAAGGGUAAACACUGGAUGUUCUGAACUUUCUAAAUUACGUGUUCCGGCUGACGGCUCCAACAACCAGGACCAUCUGAUGUGGUUCCGAGGAUAACAACAAACUGGAGACGCAAAGAAACGUAACGAGGUUUCGUCAUGGCUGAUGACCCUCAGAGAAACUUCCGCUCUGCGUAUUAUGAAAAAGUGGGCUUCAGAGGAGUAGAGGAGAAGAAAUCACUGGAAAUACUUCUCAAGGACAAUCCACUGGACCUAGAGAAACUGAGCACCUUCAGUCAGAGGUUCCCUCUCCCCUCCAUGUAUAGGAUUCAUGUUUGGAAGGUGCUGUUGGGCGUCCUCCCUCCCCACAGUGACUCUCACUCUUUGGUUGGAGGCUACAGGAAGGAGCAGUACCAGGACAUUGUGGAGAGUCUGGAGGUGAUGAGAUACAUCAACUCAUGUACACCUUUCACCCACAUCUAUCUGUGCAUGUUCCAGCUGGAGAGCCAGGUGCUCCCUCGAUGCUCUGAGACCUUACCACCGAAUGACGAGAAUGAAGACUUUCUGGCCAUCGCCAGAGCCAUGGAGGAGAUUGUUGAUGAUCCUGUCGACUGCUAUUGGCUAAUCAAGUGUUUCAUCAAUCAGUUCCACAACAAGUUUGGAGACUCACUUCCUCACCUUCCAAAGAGCCUGGAGCAUUAUCUGAGUCUGGAGGAACCUCGGCUGCUGAACCAUCUGAGGAGCAUCGGGGCGCUGCCUCAGCUGCCUUACAGCCUGUGGUUCAAGCGCUGCUUCGCUGGUUGCCUGCCUGAAUCCAGCCUGCAGAGGGUGUGGGACAAAGUGAUCAGUGGCUCCUGUAAGAUCCUUGUUUUUGUCGCCCUGGAGAUCUUGCUCAGCUAUAAGAUCAUGUUGAUAGGCAACACCCGGCCAGAGGGUGUGGUUAAGUUCCUGUGUAACAUACCUCAGGAAAACACAGAGGCCAUCGUAUCUAAAGCAAUCGAUUUGUGGCAAAAAUACUGCGGCAACCCAAAUCACGCAGUUUAGCUGUGUGGCGUAAGAAGAACAGCUGGAGGCGAGAUGCUUUCCCAGAUCCACCAAGAAUUCACCUGUGGCGCUGUCUGUAUACGGGGAUGAUUCCUGCCAAACUGAAUCCGAAACUCAUCGGUGGCCUCUUCGGAUAAGGGUUUCACAACCACGUUUUUCUGUUCCAGCAUCCAACUGAGAACAUGACAAACUUUACUGGAUUUCUUACUCAUAAAAAUCACAAAGACACAUAAAAUUAUGAUUUUUUUUUUAAUAAGUUUCCUUUGUUUAAGAAAUGCCAUACAUCAUUGAAGACUCACAAUAAAUUAAUAUCAACAUGCA